UGUUCCUGCUCUGGUUCGGUUCAUAAAAAGUUAUACCCAAGUAACAAUAGUACGAAAUGUUGAUUUACCUUUUUUUUUUUUUUUUUUUUUUUUUUUUUUUUUUUUUUGUCUUUAACAAUUAGAUUGAAGAAUGGCACAGCAUCUGAAGUUGAGAGUCAUUGUGGGCGACGAUGACUAUAGAAGACUUGAUCUCCAUUCAGGAAUGCCAGAAACUUUGAAACAGACUUUCGUAUUCAAUUCAUGGAUCCUGACUUCAAUGAUUUCAUGAAUGUUACAUCAGUACACGACAUAAAGGACAGAAGUACAAUCAAGUUGGUGUACAUGGCAACCCUAACUCUAACCCCCCUAAAUGAUGUGGGUUUGAGUCCAUCUUCUGUAAUGCAGAAUGCUCCCAGCACUUUUGGAUCAUCUGGAGCACCAGUGAGCAACCAAACAUCUCCCAUUUCCUCAGAGGCCUCAUUGCCCACAACAGACUCGGAUGACACCAUCAUUCUGCCACAUUCAGACAAUGAAUUGAGAUCACGUGCAUGGCCACGUGAAUUCCCCAUUCCUCACUUUCCAUACAAUGUAGAGGUGCAGCUUCAACGUGGAAAUUACAGCUUCAGAGAAACUGGCACUCAACUGAAGAUUACUCCAGGGUUAAAGUCUGACAUCUUAGAGAAGCUAGCCGAGGAGAUCUUCCAGUAUACAGCGUACCCACAAAAUUACCAAAUAGAUGAUGUAGCAGAGGCACUCAUCAAAAAAUUUCCCUGUUUGAAGGAACCAUCUGCCACUGGUUACUAUGGCUGGAUGAUUAGCCUAAAAUAUAAAAUGGCUAAUUACAGAACAAAGAUGCGAACUAUUGGCUUUCCAGAAGUGACUGUAAAUGCUUUGAAAAACAAACGUAGUGAUGACUGCCUCCCAGCCAAAAAUGUAAAGAAGCCUAAAAAGGCUGAAGUCAACUUUUGUCCUUCACACCCUGCUGGCGAAACGGAUGAAAGCUUAGAAAAUGUCAGACUUGAAAUGUUGAAUGAUGUCAGACAAAGAAACAGUGCAUCAUGUGUAAAAAAGAAGAUGUCAAAAACAUUCUCCUACAGAAGAAAAGAGGUAGUGCAGGAAAAUCCAGCUGCCGGAGAGUUUAAAGCCAGGUGGCCUGCACUUUUUCACAUUGAUGAGAUAAAUGCUGAAUUCCAGCGCAUAACAACCGUCCCACUUGAAACAACCUUCAUGGCUCAGUUGGACAGCCAUUUACCCCAGCUGACAUCUAUUUUCAACAAAAAGGGAGGUGUUUCUGGCCAAAAACUAGCCAAACAUCUGGCGAUCUUGCAAGAGGCUACAAGUGACAUCAAUCUUAAAAGGGCAGCAGUCCUCAAGGCACUUUGCAUCUACCUUGGUGAGGAUGAUGGACAUCUCAUUCGGGAGUAUAAGGACAUCGAAGGAGAUGACAUCCAGAGAGACCUGCAGAAUUCCACCAUGGGCGUAUAUGUCAUCAACAAGGAGGGUGGAGAAAUUGGAGCACAUGAUGACAUUGGCGUUUAUGUUGAAGGAGAAAUCAUUCUGGACAACAUUGGAUCUGUAGCCCAAGCAUGUGCAAUGAUGCUGGGAGUCAUCUAUGUAUUGAACAUGGCUUACCCCAAAGAGCUGAAAUACUCCUAUGAAUUCAUUCAAAAAGUGCUCUUGAAAAUGGAUGGAGAAAGGCUUUCCUCCAAAGUCCUUGGACUAAAGAACAAACUCAUUGCUGGACUGUAGGAUUUCUUUAGCCGCUCUUGUGAACGCCGCUAAGCUGUAUUUUUAAAUCUGGUUUGGGAGGCGAUAGAAAACAUUUAGUAUGAUGUAAAAUGCAGCCCUAGAAGAUGUUUCAAACUGAAAACAAAGUGAGUGGUGGACUGUAAUACAUAGCCACUGGUGUGAACAUUUAAAGUUGUCAUUGGAUUUUGUAGAAUAUUCACCUGAAAUAAAAAUUGCAAUCCUGGAAAUAAGCCAGGUUUCUAUCCACACUCAGCAUAAAUGUAUCCAUCCAUCCAUUAACGCCAUAUGAAUAUUAGAAGUUAAGCGCUUUGAGAUAAACAGUUGAAGUCUGCGCCAUUAAGGCAUUGCAUAAGAAGAGGACACAAUGAGAUGAUGUCAUUAAAAGAGCUCCAGUCAAAGUUCAAACGAUGGAGAACCAUGUGGAAAACAUGGAAUUAUGACAUUUCUUGUUAGUUUCAUGUAAGAAUGUUACAGCCUCCUCAUUGCUCCACACAGAUGUGAUGUUUUCAUUUGCCACUAUUUUUAUUAUUCUCAGAGGAGCUUAAGCUUCAGUGGACAUUUAAGUCACGUUUCAUUUUAUUCAGUAAGUCUGUUUCCAUAUUGAUACACCAACUUUUUCACCUCAGCCAAGCAUAAAAUCUAUUUUGUUAUAUUACAUUCUUUUUUUCCUAUUACAGUAUUUUUUGAAUGUAACUGUUUGCAG